AUGUCUCGCAAGAACGACCUAAAACGUAAUCCAACAAAGAGUAAAGUUAACGUGGUAUCUAAAGCCAGUCUUGCUCUUCUCAAUCCUGCUUAUGCUAUGGGAAUAGAGUAUGGAUAUCAUCUAGAAGACACUUCAGCAUCAUCACGACAAAGUCCUAAACAAUCACACGCCAAUCGCACACCUGAACUUGCCGCAUUCACGCUACCCGAAACUCAUCAAGAUGAAAGUGAUGCUUGGGAACGUGGUUUUGGUGUGAUGACACCCGUGGAUAUGCAACGGAAAACAUCCAACAAUAGCGUAUUUGAAGAUGACGAACAGAUACGCCAAUCACCGCAUGAAAGCUCACAAAACUCUGGUAGCUCUUCUUCUUCAAGAUCACUUUCUCGCUUGUUCACUCGAAAGAGAAGCAAUAGCAAAGCGAGCACAGUUGGAAACAAGACACCCGUGACAAUUUCAAGUCCCGUUUGGGAUGUUCCUUCCAGCGCUCCCGCUCAUGUGACCACUUUCGAUCAAGCCGGGUAUGCAUUCUCGCAAAAGCCUCACUCUCAUAAAAUCGAAUCAAACAGUACACCUACUUCACCCGUCGACAUAUUUGCCGUUCCUCUACCUCCAAGCUCAACCACUCCAGUUAUAUCAAACUCUUCUUCCCGCCAAACGAUGCUCAAACUUCGCAACACGCUCGCACGCAAAUCCAGUAUGCCAAGCUUGCGUGACGUACGCAGGAUCACAGCAACGCCAAGCACCGUUCAAGUAAGAACUCAACAAGCCAAAUCGAUCCUAUGGGGCGAUGGAUAUAAUCAAACGGAAAUGUUGGCAUUGGCAGCUGCACGAUCGCAAAAGCAAGCUUCUAAUGGCGUACCUGCACAUGCUCGUUUGCCUUCUGCUUCAAAGACUACAGCACGACUGGUUUCCAGUGUUGGAAAAGGUGUACGUAAAUCGUCUUACGAUAAUUCAAUGUCGCCAAGCAGUUCCAAUACAUCAAUCGUCUUGACACCAGAACUCGAGGAAGAGAUGAAUAGCCCGGAGAUCAACGUUGCUCCCGCUCCACAACGCAAGGUUCCACGCAAAAAGGUCAAACAAUUCCAAGUUACCAACGCACCUCCUUUGCCAUCAUUGGAACAAAUGAUGAAUGUGCCCAAAACACAAAAGAGCGAACGUAGAAGGAGCAAAAGUGUUGAUGCUAUCUUGUCUCCAACUCUGUUUUCGGAGUUACCUUCUUUGGUCACGCCCGAAGGUCUUUUUGAUACGAGUAUCGAAGAUGAAGAUCAAGAAAACGUGCCUCCUGCUCAAGACGAGAACAGCUACGACGGUGCGAUUCCACAACAAGCGCAAAAAGUCAAUUUGAGUAAUCGUCCCACGGUGGUUGGCAUUUCAUCCCCGAAAUUGGUCAACUUCAGUCCAAGAUUGCCAGACAGCUCUCCCAGAUCGCCACUUGCUUCUUUGUACUCCCCCAACAAUUCGCAAGAUCGCGCAAGUAGACGUAGAUCCAAUCGAAACAGCGGAGCAACAAUCAUGGGUGUGCCAAGAUUGGAAGCACCAGUUGUUGUGAACGUGAUGCCUCCAACGCCAGAUCUAGGAGCAGACGAAUAUGCCACGUUCAAUGGAGAGAUUCCUAGCCCUGGCGUACGUAGAAGUUUGGAAAUGUCUGAUGUCUACUUCCCUGGAGCAACAGAGGCAGUCACGCAAAAAGACGGUGAUAAACCCAACAACGAGAGCGUUCAUAUGGAUUCUGUCAGCGCACUUGAUGCUAUUGCAAAAGCUCACGCUGCUGCUGAUGGUAACAAUACUCAUGCACGUACGCAAAGUACAAUUUCGGAUUUGAGUGAUUUUAGUACAAGUGCAGCAAGUGAAAGUGGUACAAGUACAACGGAUGAACCGUUUGGAUUUUCGAGAUCACUUUCGACGAUGAGCUUGUUGAGCAACAGUACGGAUGCCGAAAGCGAUCGUGACGGUAGCGAUUCGAGCGAUGAAGAAGGAGGAAGUGUUGAAUCUGCACAAAUAAUGUGCAUAAGUCCUUCGACAAGCUUUACCCGUGCUCAAUUUGUCUCACCAAAAGUUGCUUCUUUAGCUUCUCCCCGUGUUCCAAACAAAGCUCCUCUACUUGCUGAAGGAUCAACUUCUACAUUCUCCUCUAUCGCUUCGAUGCAUUCCAAAUCAAACAGCAUUCAAUCUUCUACCUCCAGCAAGAGCAACCGUGACAGUCAACGAUUUGCUGACAGUUUGGCAUCUCUUUCUUCAGGUCAAAGUUUGGCAAGCGUGAUGACGGCAAACACGAGCGUAGAUCAUUCUCAAGAUGGCAAUUCGUUGUCUUUGCUAAAGAAAGCGACACAGAAACGCAUCAGCAGUGACUUGAGUGCUCCAGCAGAGAUUCAAUACAUGUUGGACUCUUUUGGCGUAGAUGCACAAGCUGAUGAAGAUGAUUGUGAUACACCAAGAUUGUCGGAUAAUGCUUUUGGAAUCCAACAAUCUUCGCCAGCUCCAAUGGCUUCGAGUGUGUUCCCCGGAACUCGUCCACUCAACGUUCGCAAGACAUCUUCGACCAUGAACAAUUCAACAGAAUCACCACCAAACCUCGCCAAUGCUUCGCCCAACAAAGACAGCCCUGUUCGUGUUUCUCCAAAUCAAAUCUCUCCUUCUGGCGGUCAGAAUCUUACGCCAGGUUAUUCGCCUACACCAAUGCGACCAUAUCCUCGCGCUCAAAAUUCCAGCUCUCCACAUUUGGAACUUGAUUUGAGUUUGCCGUUGGACCUGCACGGAAUCGGACUUGGAUUUGACGUUGAAGAAGAUAAGCCAAAGAAACGUGGAGGCAAAUCAGGAAAGCAUAACUCCAAACGUGAUUCUCAUCGUCCAAAGAUUCCCACCAAAUCUCGUGCUCGUCAAAGCGUUGAUUUGAAUGCGCCUGUCAACGUUCAUCCAAAGACGCCACCUUCUAGCGGAAAGCUUUUGGCCAGCGCUAUGGAACAUGAUUCCGCAAUGGGCUUAGGAUUGGAUUUUGGAUUGGAAGGUUUCAAGACGGUAGAAGACCAUGGAUUUACAAACAACAACGAAGAUUGUUCUGUAGGAGAUGCUUUAGGACUCACAUUUGAAGAACAUACACUUUUAUCCAAUGCUGCUCAAAGAUCAAGUAAUCAAAGAGUAAGCAUUUUACGAUCUUCUGCAGCCGGAAAAUCACUUCGUUCGGUUGCAUCUAAUGAUACUUUACAUGCUCCACGUAGACCUGGAACAGGAGAUUCUACUUGUAGCUCUUCUACCCUUCGUGCAUCUGCCUUUGAUGGUGCUGAUCAAAGACAGCACGGCGAUAUCGGCUUUGCUCUGUGA